AAUACCAUGAUGGGGCCACUGAGAAGUUACCUUCCUUCAUACAGAGCUUAAUGAGCUGUGUGUGGGCCCUGCAUUCAGUGACGCCCCUUCUCAAGAUGCUGCUAAUACAGUAGUUAAUUUGUCCUAGCCGAAGAAGUCCAACAGGAGCAAAAGGAACUGGGGAAAAGCAAUGGCUGCUGCAGCUGAUGGUUUGGGAAGUAUAGCUAUAGAUACCACACAACUUAACAUGUCAGUCACUGAUCCAACGGCUUGGGCUACAGCUAUGAAUAACCUGGGGAUGGUUCCAGUAGGACUAGCUGGACAACAGCUUGUGACAGAUUCAAUCUGUGUACCAGGCUUUGAUCCAAGCCUUAGCAUGAUGACUGGAAUCACUCCGAUUAACCCAAUGAUACCAGGCAUGGGGUUAGUGCCACCACCACCACCAACAGAUGUGCCUGUAGUCAAAGAAAUAAUUCACUGCAAAAGCUGCACUCUCUUUCCUCCAAACCCAAAUCUUCCACCACCUUCAACAAGAGAGAGACCUCCUGGGUGUAAAACAGUGUUUGUUGGAGGAUUACCAGAAAAUGCAACGGAGGAAAUUAUUCAGGAAGUCUUUGAGCAGUGUGGAGAUAUAACAGCAAUUCGGAAAAGCAAGAAGAAUUUUUGUCACAUUCGUUUUGCAGAGGAGUUCAUGGUUGAUAAAGCCAUUUACCUUUCUGGUUACCGCAUGAGAUUAGGAUCUAGCACAGACAAAAAGGAUUCAGGUCGCCUUCAUGUUGAUUUUGCUCAGGCAAGAGAUGACUUUUAUGAAUGGGAAUGCAAACAAAGAAUGUUGGCCCGAGAAGAACGCCACAGACGCAAAAUGGAAGAAGACAGACUGCGCCCUCCUUCUCCCCCAGCAAUAAUGCAUUAUUCUGAACACGAAGCUGCUUUGCUGGCUGAAAAAUUGAAAGAUGAUAGCAAGUUUUCAGAGGCCAUCACAGUGCUGCUUACCUGGAUUGAGCGAGGUGAGGUGAAUCGUCGCUCUGCAAACCAGUUUUAUUCGAUGGUGCAGUCAGCCAACAGCCACGUCCGCCGGCUCAUGAACGAAAAGGCCGCUCAUGAGCAAGAGAUGGAGCAAGCCAAGGAGAGUUUCAAAAAUGCCUUAACGGGAAUCCUCACUCAAUUUGAGCAGAUUGUCGCCGUUUUCAACGCUUCUACCAGACAAAAAGCUUGGGACCAUUUCUCGAAAGCCCAGCGAAAGAACAUAGACAUUUGGCGAAAGCAUUCUGAGGAGCUCCGAAAUGCUCACAGUGAACAGCUCAUGGGAAUCCGUCGGGAAGAGGAGAUGGAAAUGUCCGAUGAUGACAGUGGUGACAAUCCCAGUAAAAAGCUGAGAGUGGAUGAUUCAGCUCUAGCCGCCCAAGCAUAUGCGCUAAAGGAAGAGAAUGAUAGUCUUCGAUGGCAGCUGGAUGCUUAUAGAAAUGAAGUGGAGCUCCUGAAACAGGAAAAAGGACAGCUCUUUCGAACAGAAGAAAGCCUUACGAAGGACCAGCAGCUGCAGUUCCUACAGCAGACAAUGCAAGGCAUGCAGCAGCAAUUGCUGAGCAUACAGGAAGAAUUAAAUAACAAAAAAUCUGAACUGGAGCAAGCCAAGGAAGAGCAAACACAUACUCAAGCGAUGCUUAAAGUCCUGCAGGAAAAGCUAAAAAACGCCAAGGAAUUAGCAGAGAUCAAUGGACAUGAUGAAUCUCAAGCAAAUGAAAUCAAUGUAUUGACAGUAGCGUUGGUCAACCAAGACAGAGAAAAAAAUUCAGAGAAACGAAGCCCGGGUCUAAAAUCAGAGAAAGAGGCACUGUUAAUAGGUAUCAUAUCCACAUUUCUUCACGUCCACCCCUUUGGAGCCAAUAUAGAAUACCUUUGGUCUUAUAUGCAGCAGUUGGACUCUAGGAUCUCUGCAAAUGAGAUAGAAAUGCUUUUGAUGAGACUGCCACGCAUGUUUAAACAAGAAUUCACUGGCGUAGGAGCAACACUGGAAAAGAGGUGGAAGUUUUGUGCCUUUGAAGGAAUUAAAACUAUCUGACUGUGACUAGUAAUGAAGCUAUGCAGAAGAAGAAUUCCUAGAGCAUGGCAGGGUUAUAAAAAACUA